GCAAAAUGUCCAAUGGGGAGCAUGUCAUGGACAUUCCGGGUUACUACUAUGACCGGGAAAAGAAGAAAUAUUUCAAAGUGAUGCCCACUGGACCGUACAGCCGGCAGAAUUAUCAAAAGGCUCAAAAACAGCAGCAGCAACCACGACCAGCUCCAGUUAAGCGCAAACUUUAUUGCGUGACCAAAUUACCACGUUACUGCUACCAAAGAGAAAUUCAAGCACGUCGAUCGGUUAUUCAAAGCAAGAUAGAUGGAUACCAAGGAUUAUUAGUCACUCUGGGACCGCCACAGAAAAUUCAUUCUUUGGCAGCCACCGCCACGGCCCACCCAACGGCAUUGGACAUCCAUCCAACCAAAAAUCACCUUAUGCUCGGGCUGUCGAAUGGCUCAACGGCACAGACAAUGUUUACUGUCUCAAAAGCGCAUGGCUUUCAGCAACAAGCUUUGACGCUCUCCCCAAACAGUUCAGAUAUUACCUGCAUCAGUAUGGGGUCAGAUGAUACGUGUACAGUGUGCACAAUGGGAAGUGGACUGGAUGCUCCAAAAGUAUCGUUUAUCAAACUCGACCUUCCCGAGCAUGAAGAUACGCCAUAUUUGCGACCAGGCGGGGUCAUCCAGUCGAUAAGUGUACCUUCGUGGGGCUCGUUUUGGUGUUGUGACCAAUCCAAGGUCGAGGUUGCACGCUCUGUACUAGGGACAGAUAAUCAGGCAGUUUAUUUCAACCAUGGCAAGCCUACCACCUCCUACUUUACCAACAGCGCAGUUUUGACUGCACAAAUAGACCCCGUACAACCCAAUGUUUUUCUCGGAGGGUGUCGUGAUGGUCGCAUCAAGCUGUUCGAUGCAAGAGUGGAUCGUCGUAAAAUUGAUGCAAGACGUGGACACAGCCCUUACAUCAUACAGCAUAAAUCGCCUAUCACGCAUCUUCGUAAAAUUGGGUCGUCGUUCCACAUCGUUGCCGCCGCCAUGGACGGCUCGCUCCAAGUUUGGGAUAUGCGGGGCCACCAGACAACCUCCUCCCACACAAGUUACCAUCAAAGGCAAUGGCCAGUAUUAAGGUUUAAUGGACACAAGAAUCAGCACACUCGUUCUCUAGGUUUCGACGUAAUAGACGAUGCUAAUGUUGUGGCUGUCGCUGGGGAUGAUCAUACUAUUCGCUUAUGGUCGCUUCGAGGUAACUCGCCCGACCCAUUCCAUGUUAUUCCCAUGAAUGCUCCUAUACCCGCAUUGAAGUUUAUGACCCACCAAGCUCCGGGCAGAACCCUUGGUAUGCUGGCUUGCACCGACGAAAAAGGCUCUCCAUUACAGUGGUUAUCCAUCGGUGCCUCAAUGUAACAAAAAAUAAGAUAGGGUGAUACAAAUGUCGUACAUACCCUCACCCAAUCUACGUUGCUCAGUCGAUCAUGUUGCUAAUGGCCCUCCUAUGCCAAACCAGGUUUAACCGGGUCUAAGUUUAUCACUUGUAACAUUUUUUUAAAAAGUACACACUCAUUCUCGUUAUUGUAUAUACAG